UGGGGCCGGAGCGGGGCUGAGGCACGGGGAGGCCAGGGGCCUGGGCCGGGGUGGCGCUGGAAGGCUGGUGUGGGCGGGAGGGGGCCGGUGGGCUCUGCAGGAAACGUGUCAGGGAGGCUGAUGGACGGGACCGCAUGCGGGCAGCCAAGUAGAGCCUCCAUGUUCAGAAGCACUGCACCUCCGAAGACUGUGCAGCGCUGCGGCGGCCCUCGCGCCCCCCCUCCUAAUUUCUAACUGCCCUUGUCCGAUUCCCUGGCAGGCUGCGACUAAGAAAGCAGGAUCUGACGGGUUGCUCUUCUUGUUCUUUUUAAUUACAAUUAUAUGCCGCCUUUGCCUUCCAAGGAGCUCAAGGUGGUGUACGUGCUUUUCCUCCUCUUCCUUGUUUCAUCCUCUCAACAACCCUGCGAGGUAGGUUAGGCUAUGACAGUUUUUCCUCAAACCUGGGCCCCGCCCCGAAUGUUGUCAGACUACAACUCCCAUCACUCCUAGAUAGCAGAACCAUUGUUCAGGGAUGAUGGGAGUUGGGUCCCCAGCUGUUGUUGGGCUACAAGUUUGAGAAACACUGGAAACGAUGGUGACUAGCCCAAGGUCACCCAGUGAGCUUCGUGGCAGAGUCAGGAUUGGAACCCUGGUCUCCCAUAGUCAAGCACUCUUAAAAGCAUCAAGCCACACUGGCUCUUGCGGUUUUAUUUGGGGUGGUCACUCAGGAAUCCGGACCUGGAAUGAUAAGCAGCGGUUUAAUAUUCUUGCUGCAUUAUAUCCUGCCUUCCUUCUACUGUACGUUGGAACUUAAGGCAACAUGCAUGGGACUCCCAGGUGGGCUCCAUUCCAGAUGCUGAUCAGCCCCAGCACUGAUUAGGUUCAGCAAGGGGGCUGCAUCCUGUGCCAUCAGACUGUGCCCUGUGUUCAAGGUUGUUGGGGUUUUUUGGAGCACAGUAUAUUUUUCAGUCACUACUGCUGCCUUAAAAAAAGAAUUACGUUAACUGUAUGUUGGUUUGCCAGGAUGGAGGCCUCCAGGUAUUUUGGACAAUGACUCCCAUCAGUCCCAGCUAAAAUUGCCAGUGUUCACAGGUGAUGGGAUUUGUAGUCCUGGAGUGCACCACGUAGGCCACCCCUGCUGUACGGUACAUUGAUCUUCAUUUAUUGUAAAAUGCAUGGAAGUCCUUCUAGGAAGAAAAAUGGGAUAUAAAUAUGUUAAUCCAUUUGUUUAGUACAGGAUGGAGUGUGACUUCUAGGAUGCUACUUAGAGAAGAGGCAGGCUAGACAGGAAGACAGAUAGAGGUCUUGCAAGGAUGCUGCUCUCUAAUUAUUACUGUCUCGUUCAUCCUCCAGAAUGCUUCUCUUGCUACACAAUAGCCCCAAGAGGUUGACUAGUGUAGCAUAGUAACAGCUAGUAGCCCCAGUUAGCAUAACAAAUGGUUGAGACUUAUGGGAGUUGUGCUUCAAAAUAUCUGGAAGGCAGCAGAGUUCAGGAACUAAGCUAUGAACCAGGAAGUCUCUGAUUCAGAUCAUGCCUCUGCUAUAAGCUCACUAGUAAGGAAUUGUUAGGUAAGCUGGAGGUUUUUCCAAUCCUGAGCCCAGUCCCCACGCCUAUCAUGGCAAUACUGGACUACCUAACCAGGCCAUCAUAAGGACUGCUGCCAUUGUAAAGUGAAGCAUUUUGGAUACUAAAGCGUUAUAUGUAUAAUAAGUAUUUACAGUCAUACCUCAUGUUGCGUCCACUUCAGGCUGUGUCUUUUCAGCUUGCGAACGUGGCAAACCUGGAAGUGUUUACUUCCGGGUUUCACCGCACGCGCAGAAGCGUUCUGCGCGCUAUGCGCAGAAGCGUUCUGCGCGCUAUGCGCAGAAGCGUUCUGCGCGCUAUGCGCAGAAGCAGUCUUAUCGCGCUUUGCGCGUGUGCAGAAGCGCCACUCUGGUUGCAGACUUUUUGGGGUGCAAACGGCACCCAGGAAUGAAUCGUGUCCGCAACCAGAGGUACGACCACUGUACUAGGUUAGUCUACAAAUGACGAUCAGAAAGCAUCAUAGCUAAACAGGGUUUUGAACCUUACUCUCCAUGUUCAAGUUCAGCAUUAUAACUGCUACUGUCCAUAAAAUUGUGAUUAGUUUUCAGGAGGUAGUAGAGUCAGUGAUAGUAACCUUUGGUGUUGGUAACAAGAGGAUAAGGCAUAAGUCAGUAUACAAUUUUUCUAGAUUUCUGACCUGUAAAGAAAUGGAUGGGCUUCUAGGAAAAUCAGUGCAGUAUAUAGUGAGGAAGCUAGUUACCGUAGAUCUGGGAAAAAUGAGUUCAAGCUCCACCUUUGCUGUGGACAAACUGCAUGGCUUUUAGGAAGCCAUGAAGUUCCGUGGUCACAUCUCAUCCUGUAAAAUGGGAGCAAUUGUGAUGCACCUGGCAUGAUUGCUGCAGUGUGGACAAAGUGAUUAGAGGGAAGUUACUCUCUCUUAAUACCAGAAUUUAUGAGAAGAGCCUUCUGGAUCAGACCAAUGUCCAGCACCACUGUUUUCACAGUGGCCAACGAGAUGUCCGUGGAAAGACCAAAGGAAGGAUCUGAGUGCAACUGUAUUCUCCCAGUUGUGAUUCUCAGCAGCUGACAUUCAGAGGCACACUCAAAGUAGUCCAAUGAAACUGAUUCAGGAUAGACAAAGUCAGGGCAGAAGUACAGGAAUGCUUUUUCAUGUGUGAAUAGUAGCCAUCUCUUGAGUUAGAAUGAUCUUGUAUUUUUGUUGUUGUUGUUGUUUAGUCGUUUAGUUGUGUCCGACUCUUUGUGGCCCCAUGGACCAGAGCACGCCAGGCACUCCUGUCUUCCACUGCCUCCCGCAGUUUGGUGAUCGGUAUUUUAACCUCUCUUUAAAAGCAACUUGGUUUGGUAGCUAAUAAAAUGCCAAAGGGUGCUGACAUUUAAAGCCCCAAACGUAUUUGGCCCUGUGUACAUGAAGGAGCCUCUCCACCCCCAACGUUCAGCCCAAAUACUGAGGAUUAGCUCCAAGGGUCUUCUGGUGGUUCCCUCAAUACAAGACCAGGCAGAGGACCUUCUUGGUAGUGGCACCCAGCCUAUGGAACACCCUCCCAUCAGAUGUCAAAGAGUUAAACACUUAUGCAACAUUUCAUAGGCACCUGAAAGCAGUCCUGUUUCAGGAAGCUUUUAAUGUUUGGUGUUUUGUUUUGUCCCUUUAUAUUUUGUUUGGAAGCAGCCCAGGGUGGUUUGGGUAACCCAGUCAGAUGGGUGAAGUAUUCUUAUUUUACUGAUGAUUUUUUUUUCUCAGGGUUUACCAUUGAUCUUGUCAAAUUCUUUUCUGGCUGUUGCUUCAAAUUGUCUCUGAUCAAGACAUUUUGAUAAUCCAUAAGGCAAAAAUUGAUAAAGGAAAUGGCAUGCUAGGCUUCUAUGGUCAGGUGGUUAUUUAAUACUCGAAACCCUUCUUUUCAGAGCUUAGGAUAGAAUACAGUAUAUAUCUAGGGGCUUUGUUACUCUAUCCUCACAGCAGCCUUAUGAGGUGGGUGAGCCUGAGUCAAUAUGACUGGCCAAAAAUGGCCUAGUAGACUUCACAUUUCCCUAGUCUGAUGCUGUAAGCAAUAUACCACUCUGUUAUCACUCCUACUUCCGGGCUAAGUUCUGUUGAGCAAAAAUAUGUUUCCUGAACUUGUUGGACAAAAAUGCAUGUUCUUAGUUUUAAAGGUGUUCUUUUUUAACAAACAACAACAACAACGUAGAUGUAAAAAGUAAAAAUACAAAAUCAUAAAAAUACAAAAAUCGUAAACCAGAGAAAUGGUUCAAGUUUGCUUCACUCCUCAUAACUGAUACUUUCUGCCUUGCCUGUGCAGAAUAGAGCUAUAACAUUGGUUUUCUUUUCAAGUUCUGCCUUGAAACUUUAGCAUAGAGACCUACUUAAAUACAUUACCACACAGGAAAUAAUUAUUGAAUGAGGAAUUGAAAAGCUACCUCUGCUGCUUUUAGAACCAGCCUUCAUUUUAGAAGUUUGAGGCGGAAGUAUGGUUAACAGUAUUUUGCAAAAUGUCAGUUAAUUACUUAAACCUGCUUGAGGCUCACAUUUUUACAGAAAUGUUUUUCAUUCCUCCUAUAAAUGCGUUUUGUUUCAGCUACCAGAUUCGAAGUGCUGGCACCCCAGUUCACAGCACUUGCACUAGCUUGGUGUACUGUCACUGCAGUAACAGCCUAAUGCCAUGUUUUCUGCCAUUGCACUACAACAUUGGGUGGUACAUUCUCUGUUUGCUCUUGCAGGAAGUUCUAGCACUGGGCUGUUUGUAUAAAAUGUGAUGCUGACAUGGGGACCUCUUGUCCUUUCAUCCUGUCAAGCCUGCAGUCUCUUAAUCCUUUGCAGCUGCUGACUUUGCAGUUUAGACUUGGUUGGAAGAAGAACAAGGCAAAUGACUUUUAUUUUCCUGGAUGGCUUUGAGAGCAUUCACAGAGAGAUGCCACUCUCCUAUUUCUCAAAGAAACAGACUUACAGUUUGGAUGGAGCUGGCUCUUGAUCAGUAGCAAGGGGUAGCAUUGGGUGCACCCCAGGAUCUAUCAACUAUCAAAAUUAUGAAAACUUAAGAUUUGUGGCUAUAUGGAAUUAUAGAUAAAAGUGUAAAAGUUCCUCGUAAUUUUCGACUGUUGGAAGAACUUGAAGAAGGUCAGAAAGGAGUUGGAGAUGGGACAGUUAGCUGGGGUCUUGAAGAUGAUGAAGAUAUGACACUUACAAGAUGGACAGGCAUGAUUAUUGGGCCUCCAAGAACAAUUUAUGAAAACAGAAUAUACAGCCUUAAAAUAGAAUGUGGGCCUAAAUAUCCAGAAGCACCUCCAUUUGUAAGAUUUGUAACAAAAAUUAAUAUGAAUGGAGUAAAUAGUUCUAACGGAGUGGUGGAUCCAAGAGCCAUAUCAGUCCUAGCAAAAUGGCAGAAUUCUUAUAGUAUCAAAGUUGUUCUGCAAGAGCUCCGGCGUCUAAUGAUGUCUAAAGAAAAUAUGAAACUCCCUCAACCACCUGAAGGACAAUGUUACAGUAAUUAAUGGAAAAAACCAACAACAACAAAAAAUCAUGCCCCUUCAUCAAUUUAAGCUCUCUCCAUUUUCCACGGUAGUAAAUUUUCUAGAUGCAUCUUGUAGACCUCCAAAGUACUGGAAAGGAAGUUCCCUUGCAAAGGAAAGUCUACCUUGAGAUACUGUAAAUGAUACUAAUUUUUUUUCCCCCAUUUGAAAAUAAGUUGUGCUAUAACAAAUAAUGCUGUCAUGUGUAACCACUGUCCAUAGUUGAACUUCUGGUAUCAAGAAAAAGUCUAUUUAAAUUUAUUACUGUCAAGACCAGUGUGGCACAUUGAACUCAACUGUGAAAAAGCAUAAAAAGCAAAUGUCACACAAUCACAUUGCUGUGUGUUUGGCCUGGGUUUAUCUCUCUCCACCACCCCCCUCCCCGCCCCCUUUCUCUUUCCCUUUCCGUCUGACUUGUCUGUCCGCAAUAGGGUUGACGCUCAGGGCUAUUUAUUAGGGUAGACACGAAGGGCACAAUCCGCGGGGAUGUUCUCCUAGACCUUUGAGAAGAAGCGAGGCUGCGCAAGAGUGUCGUCCCAGGCCGUUGCUCAGAUCUCAUUCAUUCCAGUAAGGCUUGCUGAGGACCAUGCCUCAAAAGGACUGUGCCCAAAGGUUUUAAUCCUCAGUCCUAGGCUGAGGUUAUCUGGACUACUAAUGGGAUGUGUUGGUAUCCUCAGUCAUCCCUCCCUUUGUGCAGGCUCUAGUAAAAUGCUGAGUGUGUCUCGGGGUUCUUUAUUUUCUGGGUUUUUAAAAAAAGAAUACUAUAGUAUUUUUUUUUUUAAUUUUGCAAGGGGCUGUGAGAGGAGGCUCUUCUUUCUCCCCAUAACCUUUGGCUAAGGCAUAGAUUGUACUUCUGCACCAUCACUUUCCCCCAUAAUGUGGGCCUUGGGGCGGAGGGGUGUCUUUCAGUCUUUCUCCCUUUUCUCAUAGUUGGGGUGCUGCUUUCUAUUUGCCCCUUCUGUGAUGCUGUCUUUUACACCUGGCC